GACAAUCGGGAAAAACACAUCAACAAUAGCCCAAGGAGCUCGACAAUAUAAGAGAAAGGCGCCAUGGCUUUCGGACGGUCUAACUCGCUGUCCUUAAAUACAGGCGCGACCAACAGCAUGUUUUCACAGCAGCAACAACAAUCACAGGCCAAUGCCGCACCAGCGCAAGCCACCAACCCAUUCGCGAGCUUAGGCGGCCAAUCCUCGACUCAACAACAGCCCAUCAGCAGCAUGUUCGGCAGCUCGACUACACAGAACCAAGCAAAACCAGCAAGCAAUCCCUUCGGCAACACAUCUUCCAACAGUGUUUUUGGCGGUUUGGGAGGUCUCGGAGCUACAGCGCAGCAGUCUUCAGCGAUCAACAUGUUUGCAAAGCAGCCGACCACCACUCAAGCACCGACCGCCGCCAGCAGCAUCUUCGGCAAUAUGAAUGCCUCACAACAAGCACCAUCACUCCUUGGCGCCGCACAACACAACAACCUCAACCAAUCACAACCUUUCGGCAGGCUCAGCAUGGGACAAGCUAACGGCGCCCCUUCCAACACGGUCGGCGCUGUCAAAGUUUCUCUCAACGACCUUCGCCCGACCACCCGCUUCGAAGACUGCAUCGAUGAAGUGAAGUCGGAGAUGGAAGCCAUCGACAAGAUGAUUCAACGUCAGGAGCAAUUCGCGAAAGAGCUCGAAGCUUUCCUCCCAGCACAUGAAGACAAUGUCAACUCCAUCGCUCCCGACGUCGACUUCAUCCGCGACAAAGCUGAGGAUGUCGAGCAAGCUUUGUCAUCUGAUGCGCAAGGUGUUGAAGCCCAGCGCAAGAACGCCGACAAAGACGUCAAAGACCUCGAACGCUGCCAGCGCAUCAUCACCAAUCUCUCCCUCCCACAAGGCUUUCAGUACAACGGCAUGAACUCCGGCGGAUACGGCAGCAUGUACGGAUCUCAACAACGCCCCGCACAGCGACCAAGCUCCAACGCGGGCGAAGACUCGAACCAAUACGACACAGAUCUCGUUAAUAACUACUUCGUCCCCAAAGCUUCGGAACUACAAGGCAUCAUGAACAUGUACGCCAGCAGUCUCGCCGAGAUUGAGAGUCACAUGCGUGUGAUUGAGAUGUCAGCGGUGUCACAGGCUCAGCAGUUGGCGCAGCGGAGAUCGGGCAUCAGCGGUGGACAAUCGACUAGUAACGAGACUGUGCGCGAGUUGGCGGAUACGCUGAGAGGGUUUGAGGAGAGCAUUCUUGGCGUGGCGGGUGUCGUUGGUGAGAGCAGGGAUGGAGUGAAUGAGCUCGUGCUGGGACGGAUUGGUGGUGGAUACUGA